AUGAAAAUGCAAUUCCUCCUUUCGCUUCUGCUUCUGUGCCUCCUCCACGUCCAUCCAACCCUCUCUGGCAGAUACCUCCUCCUGGAACACAAAGCCCUCCUCUCCUUCAAAUCCUCCAUCACUGAUGACCCACAAUCAGCUCUUUCUACGUGGAAUGCCUCCACUAGCCACUGCAACUGGGAGGGUAUCACGUGCCACCCUUCCCUUCGCCGCGUGACCGCCCUCAAGCUGGUUCACCUUCAACUCUCUGGUACUCUCUCCCCGGACCUAGCUCAUCUCAGUUUCCUGUCCGAACUCUCUGUCUCCCUUAAUCAGCUCUCCGGGGCCAUCCCCACCGAGCUCUCUUCCCUCUCUGCCCUCCGCGUCCUCGAUCUCUCAUAUAAUCGCUUCCACGGCGCUAUUCCUGAGUUUAUUGGUGACAUGCCGGAGCUGGAGGAGUUGAGUUUGUGGGAGAACAACUUUACUGGGAUUAUUCCUCAGAGGCUAGGAAAGAAUGGGAAGCUUCAGCUUCUUGAUCUUUCAUGGAAUAAACUGACUGGUACUCUGCCUCCUGAUAUGUGUUUUGGGAAUCGGCUUGAGACUCUGAAUACUGAGGAAAAUUUAUUGGUCGGUCCAAUCCCGAACUCACUCGGGAGGUGCGAGUCGCUGUCUGAGAUCCAAAUGGGGCACAACUUUCUCAACGGUUCAAUGCCAAGAGACCUUUUCGGUUUGCCCAAUCUCAGCAUUGUGAUGCUGCAGAAUAACCGUCUGACCGGGAAGUUUCCCAUUUCCUCAAGAAAUAAUUCUCAAUUGAGGGCACUAGAUAUUUCUGACAACAAGAUUCAUGGGGAGCUACCUAGUUGGAUCUGGAGACUUCCCGAUCUUCAGUUUUUGAAUCUUUCUCAAAAUUGUCUAGAGACUCUAGAUGUGAAUUUAAACUCACAGACUUCCCAACCCAUGUUGAAUAUCGUAGACCUUCACUCCAACCAGCUCAAAGGGCAACUUUCAACUAUCCCACUGGGUUUUCGACACCGAGUCCCGCGCUCAGGUUACGACAGUAUGGCGAGGCCCUUUUUUUUCUUCUCUGUUUCAAGGAAUAAAUUUGACGGGACUAUUCCUACGUCACUAUGCAAUGCUGCCUAUCUUAAUGCUCUAGACUUGUCCUAUAAUCACUUGACUGGCAUGAUUCCCAAAUGCUUAAUUGAAAAGAGUAAAUAUCUAAAGGUGAUGGAUUUAGGGGGAAACAACCUUACUGGCGUAAUUCCCGAUUCCUUUUCAGACUUCUGUAGUUUAAAAGCUUUGGUUCUGAAUGGAAAUCAACUAGAAGGAGAGCUACCAAAAUCCUUGGCCAAGUGCAAUACAGAGUUGGAGGUUUUGGACGUCGGGAACAACCACAUUCAGGAUACCUUCCCAUGUCAUUUGAAGAACAUAGACACAUUGAGAGUCCUUAUUUUGCGAUCUAACCAAUUUUAUGGGUCUGUUAAUUGUCUAGACGCUAAUACCACUUGGUCCAACCUACAAAUUUUAGACCUGGCCUCAAACCAUUUUGUUGGUAUGUUUUCAAUACGUUACUUUUCUAGCUGGAAGGCAAUGAUGGGAACUGAAAAUAAGACUGGAUCUGAGUUUGAAGAUCUCCAAUAUAUAACGCCAGUUCUCACCUAUCAAAUUACGGUAAAUGUUACAUUAAAAGGUCAAGAUUUGGAGUUAGUGAAGAUCCGAACUAUCUACACUUCACUUGACCUGUCGUGCAACAGUUUUGAUGGACAUAUACCUGCAGAAAUAGGAGAAUUCAAAGCCCUAUAUGCCCUCAACUUAUCUCACAAUGCUUUUACAGGUCAAAUCCCACAAGCUUUAGGAAAGUUGACUGCUCUUGAGUCACUAGACUUGUCGAGCAACAAGCUCAUUGGAGAGAUUCCUCUCCAACUUGCAGAUGGACUUAAGUUCCUGUCAACCCUUAACCUUUCCUUCAAUCAAUUGGUGGGAAAGAUUCCACAGAUCAAACAAUUUCAUACAUUUACAGAAAGUUCAUUCGAAGGAAAUAUAGGAUUGUGUGACUUUCCUCUGAAAGAAAAAUGCAUACAUGAAGAAUUAGGACCAUCACCUCCUCCAUUUAAAGAAUCUCAUUGGAAUUCAAUUGAUUGGGAAUUCUUAAGUGUAGAAUUGGGAUUUUUUUUCGGCUUGGGGAUUUCUAUUGGACCUCUUAUAUUUUGGAAGAGAUGGAGGGAACACUACUAUAAACAUGUCUACGACAUUGUUUUUAAGAUGUUACCUCGGGCAUACAUAAGCAUAGAAAAUCAACGUAGGCGAGCAUCCAGGAAUCAAGGACGGCAAGCAUGA